AUGGCAAUGAAUUCAACAUGGUUUACUUUCAUCAACGAAGUCGAUUCGAGCACUUCUACCUAUUCCAAUUUGACAUCUUCAAAUCUCUCCUCACUAAUAUUCUCGAAUUCGACAUAUUCAAACGAAUUUGUCUUAUCGAAAGUAACAACAAUUACUCUCAUCUGCUUGGUUUGCUUCAUGACGCUGCUAACCGUAACGGGUAACUUAUUAGUGAUCAUUGCGUUUAUAUGCGAUCCGAGAAUACGAAGUUAUUCCAAUUGCUUUAUUCUCAAUCUAUCAAUCGCAGAUCUACUUGUUGGACUUAUCUGCAUUCCACUUUACGCACACAAAUUUAUCUUUGAUGAAUGGUAUCUCGGUUACCAUCUGUGCAAAUUAUGGUUAGUGUUCGAUUACGUUGUCGGUUCAGCAUCGACUCUGUGUAUUGUGGUGAUUUCAUAUGAUCGAUAUCAAAUGGUUUCCAAAGGUUUAGACUAUCUAUCGAAUAUCUCCAUUCAACGUGCAUUAAAGUUCAUUUUUGGAACAUGGAUCAUUGCCCUACUCAACUACGGCCCUGCUAUAAUCUUAUGGGAUUGGUUGCCUGGUAAUGACCCAUAUCAACACCACACGUGUCAUCCACCGUUUGCUAAACAUUUUCUAUAUCUUGUUACAACAGCAUGUGUGGAAUUUUUCGUUCCAUUCUUUAGUCUAAUUACUCUCAAUCUGCUCGUUUAUAUUAAUAUUCGGCGACGUUCGCGUGGACUUGUACGAAGCAACACUUUAAAACUACAAAGAAAUGGUCACUAUGAAACUUUCCUCACUGCUCAUGCACCUCGUGUAUCAGAUCUUGGUCUAUCGCGAAAACAUUCGAAAGUAUCGGCAUUAGUUCGGGAUCGGCGUGCGGCGAAAAAUCUUUUCGUUCUCGUUUUCGCAUUCGUUAUCUGUUGGUGUCCGUAUACAUUACUAACAUUAAUUCGUGCAUUAUGUAAACAAGAAGAUAAAUGCAUCCCAACGUUAAUCUAUGAAAUCACCUUUUGGUUAUUAUGGUUCAAUUCAACAUUAAAUCCAUUUCUUUACUCAUGUUUACAUGUGAAAUUUCGUGAAGCAUUUUAUCGGAUUUUAUGCUUUCAGAAACGUAAACAUCGACAUCAGACACGAGGUAAUCGAGUUUAA